UUUCUAGUUUCAACACAGGAGGAGAAAACACAGAGGCGAAAAUGCUGUACUCCGCCAAACCGCCAUUGCUACUUCCUCUAUUCUUCUUCCUAACUUCGUUUCUCUCAGGGAAUCUUACGCUUGCUUACAAUUUAGAAUCAAUAGCAAUGAAAGGGAGAACCCUGAUGGGCAUUAAGGAGACGCCAAAUGGUGGAAAUGUCACCUUUGAUUGCUCUCCUUCUGGCCCCUGCAUACCAUGCCUUCGCUCUGAAAAGAGUGAUGAAAAAUAUCGUUGUGGUGAAACUGGAUAUCGCAUUCGUCUGAAAUGUGUACCCUCUGGAAUUGGGUCCAAAGACUCAAAAGGUACAAAACAACAUAAGAAAAGAUCUACUCUUGAGUUUAUGAAGUUGGGUGUUAAUCAGCAUGAUGGAGACAUGAGUAUUUCUUCAACGAGGCAAAGAAGAUUACACAGUGAUUCCUCCAACGCUGGACCACGCUCUUAUGUCACUUACAGGAGCUGUAUACCUGCUGUAAACGAAGAAAAAUUGUCAGUACUAGGUUUUGAGCAGGCCCUUAUGUUGGCUUUGCUCGUAAGCAGUGGCUCAUUCAUUUACUUCAGGCGGAAGCGUGCUGCUGCGCCUGGUGGUGUGCCAAUGAGGCUUCCUACUACUUCUAGGUUUUAAGUCCAAUCUACGAUUACAUCAUAUAGAAACUUUUUUUGCUUUCCAAUGAAGACUGUUGUAAGUUAUGGCAAAUAUUCGGAGUGGUUUAUUUUGCUGUAUUGCCUGCUUUGCCUUGUAUCAAGAAUUUCUGUAAUUAUUAUUCUUUUUUCUAUUGAUUGAUUAUUACCUCUUUUUUCUA